AUGGUUGCUCGACUCCCCAUGGAUAAAUUAGAGAAAAGGCGGGAUUGUGUGAAGUUGUUUUCUAGAUGCCGCAAAGUCACUCUUAAGGAACUCCAGUCACUGAUAGACUUGCUUAACUUUGCUUGUAGGGUUGUUUUGCCAGGUCGCCCUUUUUUGCGUCGAUUGAUUGAUCUAACUUGUGGCUUAACAAAACCACAUCAUCACAGGAGGCUGAACAAAGAGGCUCGGGCUGAUUUAGCCGCUUGGGGACUAUUUUUGGACUAUUUUAACGGCACAUCCAUGUUUUUAUCUGAUAAGUGGGAAACAUCAGCACAUUUACAGUUUUACACUGAUGCGAGUAAUGUGGGUUUUGGCGGAAUUUUUCAAACAGCCUGGAUGUAUGGGAAAUGGCCAUCUGAACGGGAAUCUUUCCACAUAACUGUUAAAGAAUUUUUUGCUGUAGUUCUCGCGUUGGAAAUUUGGGGCCCCUCCCUCUUGAACCGCUGUAUCAUCUUUCAUUGUGAUAAUCAUGCUGUGGUAGACAUUAUCAACAAACAAACCAGUAAAGACAAAAUCCUCAUGAGACUAGUUCGGCGUUUUGUAGUGACAGCAUUAAAACUGAAUAUUUUAUGUACUUCGCAACAUAUACCUGGUAAGUGCAAUACCUUAAGUGACCAUCUGUCUCGUUUACAGGUGGACUCCUUUCGUCAACUGGCCCUACAUAUGGAGGCACACCCAACUUCCAUUCCACCCCAGUUCAUGUACGUUUGA